AUGAAAUUUUCACUUGAUGCUAACUUGGAUAAACUGAAAUCUAAAAAGCUACUCGUACUAAUAAAAUCAUUUCUACCAAGCCCGAAUAAUCCUCUUGUUACACACAAGCAAGUACUCAAACGAUCUGGUCGAACAUCAAUGUUUACAACUCAAUAUUAUUGUAAUCACUGUUCAAGUAUUGUGUCUACGUUGAAGCUUGGUGCAAAAAUAUGUUUAACCAGUGGUUGUGUUGGAUCUCAACGGACAUUAAACAACAAUGAAUUAACAGAAGUUGUCACUGUUAACAUCAUUUCACGUCUUGAAUCAAUUUUAGCACGCAAUGUUGAUACACUUACUGACCAAACAAAUCAUUUAUUUCCACCAGGUCAAUAUAAUAAUAAAUAUAGUAUGGUUCUAUAUCCAUACAAACUCAAUAAUUUUAAAACACGUACUCAUCAUGCUUUUGUACGUAUUGCUAAACAUGUCACUAAGGAAUCUGAAAGAACUGGAAAACAAGUAUGCAUUGAAGGUAUUAAAGGUUAUUCGAUUUUACUUGAUAUAUUGAAUUAUCCAUGUUCUAUUAUAUUUGAUUAUAUGCAUUUGGUUUGCAUCGGCCACGUACCAGCGCUCAUUUGACGUUGGUAAAGCCAUCAAACGAAGUAUGAUUUAACUUUAAUUGAUCAGAAACUUAAAAGUUUGUCUCUGCUACAUAAUUAUCAUGUCAGAUUUAAUCAUGCAAGUAAAUAUCUAUGUUGAUUAUGAGAUUGAAUAGAUUAUAAUGAUUAUAAAUUCAAAAGUUCUAUUAUAUGGCUAAUCUUUAUGAUUCAUCAUUUAAUCAAAUUUUUAUAAAAAAAAUGCUUUAUUUUACUUAUGGAUUAAAUCUUGAGAACAAAUAUUAUAUUCAUCUUUGAGACCUGGUCAAAAAUAUUUCAAAAAUAACACUUGAAUAAUCGUUUUCAAUAUCAGACUUUUUACAGUGAUAUGUCUUGUUUUAGUAAAUCUGUACAUAUUACUUAUCGUUCAAAAUAAUUAUUUUUGCUAAUCAUACGAACAAGUUUUUUUAAGUUCAAGAACCUCUGUAGUCAACAUCAGCUGCGUCAUUAAUCUCCUUAUUUGGGUAGUUUGGAUUCAAUACAUACUGAUCCACUUUCUUAAAUAAAGGAAUUAAUAAAUCAUUUGUCAGAUUGCAGAACUCAAAUUAUCCCUGAGCUGUGUUUCGAUGAUAUAAAUUUUUAACUAAGUGCAUACCUUUCAAACAUUAUUGCCAUACAGAAUUACAAAUACUUCUUUUGAUUCAGCAUUAAUAACAUUGAUUCCUCAAUUUUUUUAUAUUUUACUGUAUAGCCAAUGUCGACCAUUGGAAAGCAAAAAAUGGUAGGCUUUUUGUUCUUCAAGUGGAUGUUCCUGUUCUUAUUGAUGCUAUUCAACCAGUUUAUUUGGCACAGUUUUCGUUAUAUUCAGUUGCAAUAAUACUUCUGCAUUCUCAGGGUGUGGGUGGGUGUGGGUGUGGGGUGAGUGUGGGUGUGAGUAUGGGUGUGGGUGUGGGUAUGAGUGUGUGAGUCAAUGAAGAGAAAACUCACACCCACACCCGCCACCCCACACCCACAUCCACCCACACCCACACCCAUACUCACACCCACACUCACACCCACACCCACACCCAUACUCACACCCACACCCACACCCACACCCCUAGAUUAAGCCAUCUGAAUGAGUCCCUUAGCUCGCACGAAACCGGUCAUGGCAGCUCAAUCAACUACUUGAACAUCUUAUAUCAACAGCAAUUGAUAAGAUUACUUUAGCAGUAAUAGAAACACGUGUCUUGCUAGCUUUUGAUUUGACUUUUGUAUUAAAAUCACUUCUGCUAACACACCCACAAGAAGUGACCUUCGUUGAAUCAGUCGAUCUAAAUUUUCUCGAAACCUCAUAUUUUUCCAUUUUCCAUCAGUCUUCAAUAGAUUUUCAUCGGAAAAAAUCGAGUUUGACUCAAAACUAAUAACAUAUUUGGAAUCAGCAUAAAACACUGAGUUAG